AUGAAUUAUUCUGCCCUAAGGGUUUGCCGUCUUGUUUCUUUGGCAUUUUCAAUGCUUUUUUGUUUGAUUGGGGUUGUUUUGCUAAUUAUUAGCUUAUUGUCCAAUAUCGCCUUUCUAACGGAGCAAUUGAAGAACACAGACACGGUCUUUGGUUGGAUUGUGUUCUUCGUGGCAAUGAUUUAUAUUCCUCUCAAAACAGCUAUUUUCCUUCAUAUGGCAGUGCAGGCGAUCAAUGCGAGUAUAAAUGGGGUAUUUUAAAAUUAAUUAAAUUUUUGAGGGGGGUUUUAAUUAUUUUUGAGUUUAAAAAUAAUAAAAAUUAUUU